CUAGUAAACCCAAACAAUGUCUAACACUUAUCCUCAUGAAAUGCAAAGCCUCUUGGUAUCUUGGCAGUGCAUGGACAAGUAGCAGACAAUAAAACAACACUCUUUCAAUCAAACUCCCUUGUACAUCAUGUGUAAACUAAGCACUAUCCUUUUGGGACUGUUUUUAAUAUUCUCAUACACUGCAUCAUCCUGCCACUAGAGCAGAAAUUUUGGACUUCAACCAAACUCAAGAGAUAAAGACAAUUAUAGUGGCUCUACCACUCUAUAAAAACUAAGUUAACAACUAACAAGUGGUUUUUUUACCUUCUAUAAAUUGUUUCAUCUUACAACUUAGUAUCACACACAUUUCUAACUAGCUUUGUUACUUCAACAAAUAAAUCUCCACAAGCUUCAACUGAUGGAGUCUGUCUCUAACAAACAUGUUUUUGUCUUUAUGUUUUUUUGUCUUGUAUUUCUUACUCCCCUAGUGUACUCUCAACUUAAUUGCAACUUCUAUGACAGAACUUGUCCAUACUUUGCCAGAAUUGUUAGAUCAAAUAUCUUGUCAGCUAUAGCCAAUGAUUCAAGGAUCCCUGCAUCUCUCUUGCGCCUUCAUUUCCAUGAUUGUUUUGUCAAUGGAUGUGAUGGAUCGGUGCUACUAGAUGAUACGGAUACUCUAAAAGGAGAGAAAAAUGCAUUUCCUAAUCAAAAUUCAAUAAGAGGAUUUGAUGUAAUAGACAAAAUAAAAUCUGAUUUAGAGAGUGUUUGUCCCUCCACAGUUUCAUGUGCUGAUAUACUUACUCUAGCAGCCAGAGAUGCUAUAUACCUAAGUAAAGGACCAUUUUGGGCUGUACCACUCGGUCGUAGAGACGGCACAACAGCGAAUGAGAGUGAGGCAAAUAACUUGCCAUCACCCUUUGAUCCUCUUGAAACCCUUACUGCUAAGUUUGUUUCCAAAGGUCUUGAAAAGAAGGACGUAGCAGUGCUCUCAGGUGCACACACAUUUGGCUUUGCUCAGUGUUUCUUAUUCAAGCCAAGACUCUUCGACUUUGGUGGCUCCGGUAAACCUGAUCCAUCACUCGAUACAUCGCUUCUACAAAAUCUACAGAAAAUAUGUCCAAAUCAAGCUGAUUCUAAUACCAACUUGGCUCCGUUGGAUCCGGUGACUACAAACACAUUUGAUAACACUUAUUACAAAAAUGUUUUGAGCAAUACUGGGUUGCUUCAAUCAGACCAAGCACUUUUAGGUGACAAUUUAACUUCUUCAUUGGUUAACAAUUAUAGCAAGUGGCCUAUUCUGUUUUUCAGAGACUUUGCUGUUUCUGUUGAGAAAAUGGGUCGUAUUGGUGUUCUUACAGGACAGCAGGGUCAAAUAAGGACUAACUGUAGGGCUGUUAAUUAGAUAUAUGAUAUGAUAUGAUAUGCAUUUGUAUGAAACUUGGUUUGUCUCAAAUAAUGAUAUAAAUGUGUGCAUUAGUAUCUUAAGGUUUGUUAUUAUCGGUAGUAUGGAUUAGGGGUGUUCAUGGUUCAAGAACUGCACUGAACUGAACUAAAUUUAUGGUUCAAUUCAGUUUUUAAAAACCACUUUAAUAAAAAACCAAUUAACUGCAAAAGCAGUUUCAAUUCAA